AUGGCUCCAAUUGCUUUAUCUACCCCUGAGCCACCUCAUCUUAGAAUCGAGCCUAAGUCUCUCGAGAGCAUCAAGAAUGACUCUAUUUCGAACUCGGAGCCACCCGCUUCUAUAGAUGAGUUCUUGCCUCUUGAAGGGAAGACUGGCACCGCAGCUGGGAUACCCGAGAUUCUUUGCACAGCUUUUGGCCUUGCCCUUCGUUGCUAUGGUACUGAAGGCGUGCAUUUUGAAUACCAUGAUGAGACAGCAAUUGGAUCACACUCCGCGACUAUAUCGUUUGAUUUGGACGAAUUCCUCGAAGUUGAAGACCUUUUCGAAGCAGUGAGGACAACUUUGCAACGUCCUCAAUCCGUGCUGGAAGCACAAGACGCCAAACUCGAGGCUCAAACAUAUCAAACUUUCCGCAGCGCUGUUAUCCUUCGCGAAGAACGUGUAGAUGGCAAAUUUAUCUCGCCAUCGCCGAAGCUUGACCUCGAGCUCCAUGCCAUCAGUACUAAGAAUGGCAUUGACAUUCACAUGCUCUAUACCCCGUCCAGGGUAUCAGAGAACCUCGCAGUCCAUUUGGCUGACACUCUCCGUCAGACAUUCGAAUUGGUCAACAACCACCCGGACACCGAUCUUGCAAGUGCAACCUACUUGGGCCCGCUAAGCCAAAAGGAGAUCCUCGACUGGAACUCUAACUCGCCUUCUCCAGUGAUUGAGUGUGCUCAUGAAUUAGUUCGACAGAGGGCUUCCCUGCAGCCACAGGCUCCUGCUAUUGACUCUUGGGAUGCUCAGAUGACGUAUGCAGAGCUGGAUUCCCUAUCUGACCGUCUAGCUACCGUACUAGUUCAAUUGGGAGUCAAAGCUGAGGCAAUCGUGCCACUAUGUUUCGAGAAGACUGCCUGGUAUGUCGUAGCCAUGCUUGCAGUACUCAAAGCCGGCGGAGCCUUUGUUCCUCUCGACCCGACGCAUCCUUCAUCACGCCUACGAGAGAUUGUCAGCCAAGUCGAUGCACCGAUUGUUUUGACGACAGCCAAAUAUCACGAUCUCUUCGAAGACUUUUCUGUUAAGGCAAUAAUAGUCGGUGAACAAACAGUCAUGACGAGUGGUGAAAGGUGCCUUACUCCAGUCGCUGUCACCCCUCAGAAUCUCGCAUAUGUGAUCUUUACCUCUGGUAGCACCGGAAAGCCAAAAGGCACGAUGAUUGAGCACCAGUCGUUUUGCAGUGGGUCUUUGCGGCAGGGAGAAGCGGCCAACAUGGGACCUCAUUCUCGGAUCUUUCAGUUCGCCUCAUACAGCUUCGAUGUGAGCAUUCUGGAGAUUCUCACGGGGCUUAUCUUCGGCGCUUGUAUCUGCAUCCCGAAUGAGCAACUUGGACGUGCAGACUUUGUCAAGUCCAUGAACGACUUCCGUGUCAACUGGGCUUUCUUGACGCCGUCGGUCCUGAAGGUAUUGACUCCUGAUCAACUGCCCCUCUUGAGGACUCUAGUACUAGGAGGCGAAGCUAUGUCAGAGUCUGAUAUGAUGACAUGGGCGGGAAAGCUUCAGCUGAUGAACGGCUACGGGCCCAGUGAAUGCUCCGUCGCAGCUACUGCCAACACCCAGCUCAACCCCCAAUCCAGCCCACGGAAUAUCGGCAGAGCGAUCGGUGGUGUAUGCUGGAUAGUUGAUCCACAAAAUCACAAUGUGCUCCUCCCUGUUGGCGCCACAGGUGAGCUGAUCAUCCAAGGUCCUAUUGUUUCGCGUGGGUAUCUCAAAGACCCUGUGAAGACCUCAGCAGCUUUCUUCCAAAGCCCUGCUUGGAUGACCCCGGGUACUUCACAAAUCUGGAAUCGCUUCUACAAAACGGGUGACCUGGUACGCUACGAUGCAGACGGUAUGAUCCACUUCAUCGGACGUAAGGAUCACCAGGUCAAGCUCCAUGGGCAACGCAUGGAGUUAGGGGAGGUAGAGCACCAUCUCUGGACAGAUACACUCAUCCGUAACGGUAUGGCCCUCGUGCCAUACACUGGUCUUUGCAAAUCCCGCUUAGUUGGUGUUGUGUCUCUUCAUAAGCAAUAUACGACUGCCUCGGUGCAGACACACCCCAGUAUCCGCCUGGUAGACCAUGCCGAGGCCACAGAAGAAACACAAGCAAUUGCAAGAAGACUGUCACAACUGCUUCCCUCCUAUAUGGUCCCGACUGUCUGGGUUGUUCUGGAGAGUCUUCCGCUCAUGUCGUCAGGCAAAUUGGACCGGAAGAAGGUUGCAGAGUUCGUCGCUGAUAUUAGCACCGAGGCCUUUCAGCACAUAAUGGGUAACCCUGACAACCCUGAUGACAAGGAGUCUAUGAGCAAGACAGAGACAUUGGUACAGAAGGUUUGGUCGAAAACCUUGAAUAUACCAGAGGAGCAGGUUGGCAGACACAGCAACUUCCUGUCUGUGGGUGGUGACUCUAUCAAAGCGAUGGCUGUCAUGUCUGAGUUCCGCAAACUUGGAGUGACGGUUCUAGUAGCUGACCUAUUGCGGUACAACGUUACUGAGAUUGCUUCUAAGAUAGAGGAGUCAGGUUCUGCGAAUGUGCUCCUGGGCAGCAAGGUGGAUCACCUUCCGACAUCGAACCUGCAGCGCACCUUCCUCGACGUGUCUCGUUCUGGCAACAGUGCCAUCCACUACGCUAUAUUACUGAAGCUCAAUUACAAAGUCAGUAUUCAGCAGCUGGAAGAGGCAUUGAACACUAUCAUUUCUUCCUAUCCAACGCUCACUCUCGGCUUUGAGGAGCAAAACGGGGAAUGGUUUCAAGCAUUCAGAGAUCACGACGACUUUGAAAGCCCAGUUUACCACCUGAACUUGAACCAUGUCUCUAGCUUGGAGGAGGCGCAAGAGAUUGUGCAACGUCGUCAGGCGUCACUUGGUAUAAAUGGUAACCCAAAUUUGAUGAUCGAUCUAUUUCCUGUUCGCGGCACACAGCACAUCUCUCUCGUCGUGCAUGCAGCUGUUCUUGAUUCACAGUCUCUGAGUACUGUUGUUGGUCACCUCGACUACUUGCUUCAAUCAGAUGAGGACAAAGCGAAACAUGUCUGGGAAAGUAAGCUUUUGUCCAGAGACGAGUUCUCUCAUGCUUGGCUUGACCACCUCAGAAGCGAACGGGGCACAAAGCCUAUUACCAGCUCUUUGCAAACCAUUACUCCUGCCACUGUCAGUGGAGGUCGAGAAUAUGUUACAGAGAUGCUAGAACUCGACUGCGAGAUUACAGGGCUCCUCACUGGACCCUGCAACGCAAAGUUCGGCACCAACGCACCGGAGCUACUUCUGGCGACAUUGAUCCCCUCAUAUUACCAGAUUUUCAAAGAGCAUGGCCACCCCUCUCAGGUUAUUGUCGAGAGAUCUGCCCGGGAGUCUACUCAAAGCAAGGACUUGAGAGAUCUUGUUGGUCAAUUCUCUUCGAUGCAAUCCGUGCACGUGCCUGUGGAACACUCGGAUCAGGUCACUCUUCAGUUAAUCCGUGAGACCAAGGACAAUAUUCGCCGAAGAAAUGGAAGUAGCACGCUUGGCUCUUCCAACAUCAUCUUCACUUACGGCUUGUCUGGCCAUAUUAUAGAUGGUACUGUAUUGAAGCAGGCCACCUCAACUGUACGACACGGUUUGGGCGCCAUCAUCCACACAAUGAUCGAGGUUUCAUGUCUCCUUGAGAGUGGACGGUUCAGAAUCACGGUCGGGUCCGAUCAGGUCAACGCUCAGCAGCUAUACCUAUUUGUCGACCAGUACAGACGGAACAUUGCGCAAGCAGUCGAGAUUCUAGCACCCAACACGGUCAGGGAAUUCACUUUGGCGGACUUCCCAUUACUUGCACUCGAUUAUCCAUCCAUUGACAGAAUUAAUCGUCAGCACCUUCCACGGCUUGGUCUCGGGUCACAUGAAAUAGAGGACGUGUAUCCCUGCUCUCCAUUGCAGCAAGGUCUUCUUAUGAGCCAAGCUAGGAAGCAGGGCAGUUACAACGUAUCCAUUGGCUGGGAGGUGACGUCCCGCGAGCCCGACGAGACAAUCGACAUUGGUAGAUUGCUCUCCUCAUGGCAAAAGGUAGUCGAGUAUCACCCUGCGCUGAGAACUAUCUUUACCGACAAUUUCGGUGGCAAAGACCCAUACGCUCAAAUUGUUCUGAGACGUCCUCGAGGGGAAGUUUCAGUAACACCUUGCUCAGAUGUCGAUGUUGGAUCUGUGUUGGAGGAGACAAUUGACCUGAGCACCAACCCUGUGGUCCCUCCCCAUCGGUUUUCAAUCAAUUUCACAGUGGACGGUAGAGUGUUUUGCAGAGUCGACGCUAGCCAUACCAUUGUCGAUGGCGUAUCCAAGUCACUGAUUCUGAGAGACCUGAAGCGAGCUUACGCGGGAACACUAGAUGAACCCAAUGGAGGUGCCAAGUACAGUAACUUUGUCCAAUAUGUUGCUGCAAAUGACAUGUCCGCCAGUAUCGCUUUCUGGAAGAGCCAUCUUGCCGAGGUCGAACCAUGCUACUUCCCCAAAUUGGCUAAGGCUGAAGGUACACCAGAGCUGAAGUACGCUGAGACAGUCUGGGCUCUUGUCUGUCGGGUGUAUGUUGGUCGAGACGAUAUUUGCUUCGGUUAUCUGGCAUCCGGAAGAGAUGCGCCCGUCGAAGACCUAGUUGACAUGGUCGGGCCAACGAUCAGCGUCCUCAUCUGCAAGGCAUUGCUAGACGACUCCACUACUGUCAAGGACGCCUUAAAAGCUUGCCAAGAAGAGUUCCUGGAUUCUCUUGCGCAUCAGCACUGCUCGCUCGCAGAGAUUCAACAUGCACUUGGACUCGCAGGAAUGCCUUUGUUCAACACUGGCAUCUCCUUUCAGACCAUGACUGACGUUGAUAGCGACAAAACGGUGACUGAUAUUGACUUCAAGGGACUCAUCGUACGAGAGCCGACAGAGUACAAUAUUACGGUCCACGUUAUCGAUUCGCCGAACAACUUGGAUAUCAAACUCGGAUACUGGACCGACAGUAUCUCGGAAUUCCAAGCUCAGUCCAUCUCGGGAACAUUCUCUGCCAUUCUCAAGUCCGUGGUCGAGAACCCUGACGCCCGAGUUGAUCAGCUCAGUGUUAUCGGCCGGUAUGAUCUGUCGCAGAUUGCAUCAUGGAACCAGAAUGUGCCAGAAACGGCAUCUUCUACAGUUCCAUACCUCGUGCUUCAACAGACUAUGCGCACCCCUCAUGCUAUUGCGAUUGACACUCUGGCUGAAAAGAUAACUUACAAGGAGUUUGGACGCAUGUGGCUGUCUCUGUCUCGAUACUUAACGAGCCUUGGUAUUGGCGCUGGAGAUUACGUGCCGCUGACAUUCGAAAAGUCAGCAUGGGCUAUCGUUGCCAUGCUUGCUGUUCUGGGUACUGGAGCUGCGUUCGUUCCGCUCGAUCCUAAAACCCCGGUGGAGCGCCUCCGUGAGGCUUCUAUUCAAGCUGCAGCUAAUGUGGUGCUGGCAUCUCCAAAAUAUGCUUCGAAUUGGGACAAUCUUGUUCCAACGAUUGUCAGUGUUGAUCAAGCUCUCCUCGACAAGCUAAAGCACGAAGGAGGUGAUCUCGACCAAGGUGCCCUGAGAGCCCGCCCCCAUGAUGACGCCUAUGUCAUCUUCACUUCAGGCAGCACAGGGAAGCCCAAGGGAUGUGUUGUGCAACAUGCUGCUUUCUGCUCUGGAGCCUUGGCUCAAGGCAAGCUUGCCUGCCUGGGUCCCUCAUCUCGAGUGCUGCAGUUUGCCUCCUACAGCUUCGACGUUAGUCUCCUAGAGAUCAUGACAUCACUCAUGUUCGGUGCAUGCAUAUGCGUGCCAGACGAAGAUUUGAGCAAGGAUAUCAAGCACUGCAUUAAUGUGCUCAAUAUCAACUGGACUUUCCUCACUCCAUCUGUUCUUAAACUCUUACAGCCAUCCGAUGUGCCCUCACUGAAAACGUUGAUUCUUGGGGGCGAAGCUCUGUCAAAGGGUGAUAUUCUCAACUGGGCUGACAGGGUACAGCUGUACAAUGGAUACGGACCUAGUGAGUGCUCUGUAGCAGCAGCCGCUAACCCAGGGCUGCAACCUACUACCGAUCCAGCCAACAUUGGACAUGCAGUAGGUGGCGUCCUCUGGGUUGUUGAUGCCAAGCAGCCUUCUAAGCUACUCCCCAUUGGUGCUGUUGGAGAGCUCUUGAUCUCAGGACCUAUUUUGGCGAGAGGUUACCUGGGAGAUCCCGAGAAAACAGCAGCUGCUUUUGUCGAACAGAGGAGCUUUGCUCCAGGGUCUCAGAAGCUUGAGCGGUAUUACCGCACUGGUGACCUUGUGCGAUACAAUGCAGAUGGCACGAUUCAUUUCAUCGGCAGAGCCGAUGGGCAGGUCAAGAUUCGCGGCCAGCGUGUUGAAUUGGGCGAGAUUGAGUACAAUAUCGAGCGAGAUGAGAAUAUCCACCAUGCACUGACUGUGCUUCCAUCUCAGGGCCCAUUCAAGAAGCAGCUUUUGGCUGUUGUUUCUUUCAAGGGCUUUGAUCUUCCUGUUGAAGACGGACGGAUUUCUCUCGUGCCAGAGAACAGACGACCCGAAAUUAUGGCGGUCGUGACCAGAAUCGCGAACACCAUAUCUGCAGCCCUUCCGGUUUACAUGGUUCCGGCCUUGUGGGUUCCAGUGAACACAAUCCCCUUGUUGCCUUCCGGAAAGCUGGACCGAAAGAAGGUCAGGCGCUGGGUCGAGACCCUGGACGAUGCCACAUAUGAGCAGAUUGCCAACGUAGGAUCCAAAGCCAGCGGCCGCGGCCCAAGUACACCUGCCGAGUUUGAGCUGCGACGCAUUUGGGCCUCCGUGCUGAACCGACCUGAAGAAAAUAUCAGUAUGGAGCGAUCCUUUCAGAGCCUUGGUGGUGAUUCCAUUUCAGCCAUGCAGGUUAUCGCUCAGUGCCGUGAUGCCAAGCUAUCGCUCGCAGUCAAGGAUCUCAUUCAGUGUCCUACUAUCGCCGAAUUAGCACUGAGAGUGCGACCUCUGGAUGAAGGUGCUGAGCCAAUGGAAGACGACAUCGGUGUUCCAUUCAAUCUCUCUCCUCAGCAGACGUGGGAGUUCGACCUGAAACAGCACUGCGAUCUCAAUCGUUACAAUACUACAUUCCUGUUGUCGGUACAUUCUGAUUCCGACCUAGAGCGGGUAGUGGAUGCAACGGUAGAGCGUCAUCCCAUGCUUCGUGCUCGGUUCCAGCGCGAUGACUCAGGUCGCUGGAUGCAAUAUAUCCCUCUGGACCGGUCCAAUAGUCAUAUGUAUCAGGAGAUGGAAGUGCCUGACUUGAAAGCUAUUGAACCAUACACUGCGCCCAACCAGUCUGGUUUCGAUUUGCAGCGUGGUCCAUUGAUGCGUGCGAUAGUCUUCAAGCUUCCGAACGGAGACCGGUAUGUUGGACUUACUGUACACCACAUGGUCAUCGACACCGUUUCAUGGCGCAUUCUCCUCCAAGAUAUGCAACAAGGCUUAUCCACUGGGGCAAUUACCUCCCACCGUUCCGACUCAUUUGCCUUGUGGUGCCGUAAGCUCAAGGAGCAUGCCGAUGAGAAAUGGACCCCCGAAAACGUGCUGCCUUUCUCGGUCCCUGCUCCCCUAUACGACUACUGGCAAAUGGAAGAAUCUAUGAACCUUUUCGUGACCGAAACUAUCCAGGAGUUCUCCCUAGACACCAAGACAACCGCUCGCCUGAUGGGAAAAUGCAACCAUCAGUAUCAGACUAAACCGCUCGACAUCUUCCUGUCAGCGAUCUUCCACGCAUUCAGCGCGACGUUCAGUGACCGUCCAGUACCUGCGGUCUUUAUCUACAGUCAUGGUCGGGAUGAGUUUGGCGGAGAACUUGAUGUCUCCAACACUAUCGGAUGGUUUACCUCCUCCACUCCGGUAGUGAUCAAACCAUCUGGUGAUAUUGUCGACGACUUGCAGGCUGUGCGAGAUGUGCGCGCCAGUGUGCCGGGCAAUGGAGUUCCCUACUGGGCAACCCGCUGGCUGACUGAGGAUGGCCAUGCAGCUUUUGAACAUCACAGUCCGUUUGAGUUGUCUAUGAACUAUCUUGGUCAGUAUCAACAGCUGGAGCGCGACGAUUCUGUCCUUCGCUAUGUCGAUGUGAACAAGCCAAAGGCGACUGGAUCUGGGUCCGGUCUACUCCGUACCGCGCUGGUUGAGACCCAGGCCAUCGUAAUCGGAGACUCCCUGCAGAUUAAGUUCGUUUAUAAUACGCGCAUGGCACGGCAGAAGCAGCUUCUCGAGUGGCAGGCCAAGGUUAAGGAGUCACUGCUGGAAAUAGCCCACCGUCUGGGGAAUGAUAUCGAGUGA